AUGGCUCAAAAGAAGUCAAAGCUUUCAAUCUUCGUGCUUGCCAUAGCAAGCUCCUCUCUCUGCUUCGCAGCUUAUCUCUCCAAAGGGGAUUUUCGCUUUCGUCACGUCCCAAACACUGGGCGUCAUGGCUUGACUUGUCGAAAUGGGUGGCGGCAAUGGGGAGGAGGCGAAAAGCUGGAAGAGGCCACGGCGCUCUCAGGGAGACUGGAUACCGAGACUGCGCGAGAGGAGUGGAUGCAGGGAUUGAGGGAAGGCAGCACUGAUUGGGAAGAAGUGAAACUAGGACUAGCUAUGCUUUGGGAGAAAGCUGCAAAGGAAGGACGAGAUGGGGGACCGUUCGGUUAUCCGAUGGCCUUGACUCGCCUCCUGGAAGGCAUCUACGAUGAGCCGAACGGCGAUGAGAUGCUUGUAGCUGAUAUCGAAGCCCGUCUUACUCAAGUUCCUCAAGGAGACCCAAAAGAUCACGAGGUUUGGAAGCGCUCGGUCGCAUCCUGCUGCUUCGACGAGCUGAGCUUCAUCAGCAAAGGGCUGUAA